CGGCACGCAGUGAUUGGAAAAUAUCGAAGACGCACACGCGCUAAUCCGAUGAUGGGUCUCAGUUACCGGGGGGAGGGAGGGGUCUGAAAAAAAGAGUAGGACCAGGGCGGGAGCAUCUUGCGCCCGCGCGCCGCGUCCCUUCCUCCCGAGCCUUCCUCUUGUGUUUGAAACUCUCAUAUCUCACAUAUCAAUAAUUCAAGCGCGCGCGAGAGAGAGCAGACGGAGCUCCCCCCCGCGCGCUAUGAGUCCUGCUGCCUCGUCACUCGUCCAGGGCCCUUCUGCACCGCGCGCGACUCCCGCUUAUUGUGUUUCCAAGUGACAGAAAAGCUGCCGAGAAGUGAGAAAAGAAAAGAAGAGAAAGAACAGGUGAAAGCUGUCCACUCGACCGGAGAUACGGGGCUGAUAGAGUGAUUUUGGGAAGAAAGAAAAAAACAGGAGAGACACCUAAAAAUAAACCGUCUGGUUUCAGAGACUCCGCGAGGGACAAAGUGUUUGCAGCGUGCUAAUUAAAUCCACGAACACGGAGUGGCAUAGUUGUAAAACCAGCCUGCUUACGGUUAUCCUGGGGAACACCGGGAAACUCUUCCUACCGUACUUUUUUAAAGGGGAAUAGACCCGCGACCACGACCGAGCAACUUCACCGUUCCGGUCCGGUAUGUUGGCGCUUUGCCUGCUGAGUGCCGUGUGGCUCGCGGCGAGCCCGGCCCGCGCUCAGAACGAGACGGAACCAAUCGUCCUGGAGGGGAAGUGCCUCGUGGUGUGCGACUCCAACCCCACCGCGGACCCCACGGGCACGGCGCUCGGGAUCUCGGUGCGCUCCGGCAGCGCCAAGGUGGCGUUCUCCGCAGUCCGGAACACCAACCAUGAACCCUCCGAGAUGAGCAACCGGACCAUGGUCAUCUAUUUCGACCGGGUUCUAGUAAACGUUGGGAAGAACUUUGACGAAGAGAGAAGUAAUUUCAUCGCGCCACGCAAAGGGAUUUACAGUUUUAACUUCCACGUAGUGAAAGUCUACAACCGCCAAACUAUACAGGUGAGCCUGAUGCACAACGGCUGGCCAGUGAUUUCAGCGUUUGCCGGCGACCAGGAUGUGACGCGCGAGGCGGCCAGUAACGGCGUUCUGAUCCAGAUGGAGAAGGGGGACCGGGCCUACCUCAAACUGGAGAGAGGAAACCUCAUGGGAGGAUGGAAAUACUCCACCUUCUCCGGCUUCCUGGUGUUCCCCAUGUAGAGGAAAAGGGAGAGGAAGAGGAGGAGGAGCAGGGAGGGGUGGAAACGAAGGAGGAGGAGCUGGUGGAAGAUGAUGAUGACGGUGGGAAAAAGACAGAUGGAGGAGGAAGAAGAGGGGAACAGGACGUUAAAGAGAUGGUGGAAAAAAAGAAGAAAAGAAGAGGGAAUGUGACUCUGUUUGGGACGCUGCAGAGGGAGGAGGGAAGAGGAAGGAUGAAAGAUGUUAGAGCAUGACGCAGGAAGAUUAAACGAUGGUAGAAUGAGAGAAGAAUUAUGAAGCCAGUACAUGAAAGUGUAUGGCCAGCUUCUUCACUUCCCUUCCUCCUUGCAUCCAUCCUUUCAUCCAUCCUUUCCUCCCUCUGUUUUCUCUGUGGCUUGACUGCAGCUUUGGACAGCCAAAACUUUUUUUAUUCUCUGCUGAAAGACGCAAUUGAUCAUUUCUAUGUUCCAGAGUGUUCUACAGCCCGAGUGUAACCCCUCCCUCCCUCCCUCCC